GCGUGACGAGACCCCGGGUCUGGGCGGCAGGAAGGCGGCAGGGCUGGAGCAGCGGCCGCGCUCCGUACCUGCGGGCUGGUGUAGGCGCUGGCUGGCUGGAGGUGUCGCAGCGCGGGGGCCGGGCCGUGGUCUGUCACGGACGGCGCGGUAUACUUCUGGCCUUCGGGCCUGGGCAUUAGUUUCUUUUUACCUCGUUGAUGCGCUUUUCAGUUACCAACGCGCUGCUCAGAAUAGCGGACUGUGUUGAAUAGUUCCUGUCUCUGGCGGCAUCUCUUCCUGUAGUGUUAGGUGCACAGGCAAAGUUGAAAUACACCUAUCUUCUGUUAACACAAGGAAAAGAGAUACGGCAGUACUUCUGGCAAAGCCCUCGCCUCUUCUGAGAAACGUAGAGCUUAUAGUUCUUGGUAAAAAGUAGUGGGAUAGUUCUCAUCUGAAGACGCUUAUUCUGUAUGGCACAGCUGGUGAUACACUGAUAGCUCAUCAAUGGAUUUAGAAGCUAAAGAUGAAGAGGAAGAGAGUCUGCAAACAGCUUUCAAAAAGCUGAGAGUGGAUGCAGCAGGAUCUGUCUCAGCUCUCUCUGUGGGUGAUGGAACGAUUCUGAGAACACCGAUAAGAGCAGCUAUGGAUGGAGCCAAACAACAGUCUGCCUGCCCUAAAGAAACUUGGCAUGGGUGUGUGAGAAAGCCUUCAAGAGGAUCAGCAAGAAUCCCACGUCGCAGACGUUCCAAGUCUCCUGUCUUGCAUCCUCCCAAGUUUACAUAUUGCAGUAUGAAAGCCAACAACCAGCUGAAACACAAAACCCAGUCAGACACAGCAAAGAGUAAUGUCAGUUCAGACAUUUUUGUUACAACAGAACAUGGUACAAAGGACGGGCAUGAUGUUCAGUUUGAGGCCAGUGAUGACAAAAGAACCAGAAUUGAACCUUUGGAAGCUUCCACAGCUGAAAAGCCAUUGGAGAAUUCAAGGGAGGAUUGCCCUGCUCUGUCUUCAUCCUUUGAAACUUGCCUGGAUUCUAGCCAAACUUCAGAUUUUCAGUCCUUAUCCAUGCUUAGCAAUGGCAAGCAGUGCCCUUGUACGGACAAGAAAUGCCAGUGCAAACAAUGGCGAGCCAUGGAAGUGUACUCUUUCUCUGGCUUACGGAGUGUCCUGUCAGAGUGUGAAAAAGCAGUCCUAGGAGUCCAUUCUCAGUCUCUUCAAAACAGAUCCCCUUGUGGAACAGCCUCAUCAGGUUCUCCUAGAUCUUGUUCUGAACAAGCUCGAGCCUUUGUGGAUGAUGUGACUAUUGAAGAUCUUUCAGGAUACAUGGAAUACUACUUAUAUAUUCCCAAGAAAAUGUCUCACAUGGCAGAAAUGAUGUAUACUUGACUGAAAGCGAUAGAGAAUCAUGAAUCAGAGUUUGUGAUAAUGAUUGGGUUAAAUGCCUUGUCAGUGCCAUGGCUGUUUUCAUUGCCGUGUAUUUGAUCAAAUGCUUCUUUGCAUCAUACAGUUUAGUUUUCUAAUAAAAUGAAAAAUGGAAUAUAGUUUCUGGGCUUAGUUCUAAAAUGAAUGCACUAAAGUCUAUGAAUACCUUAACAAACAACUCCCUUGUUUUUGGUUUGAGCUGUGGACAUUCAAGCUCUGUUACGCUGUUUUCACUGUGUCCGAAAAGAGUAACCUUUUAAGCUUUGUUCUGAAAUUUUGCAGGGUUUGGAAGAUUCAUUCUUGAUAUGUCUCAGUACUUAGACAAAUGUUUUAUAGCUUCAGCUCUGUCUCACUUAUCCUACUCCAGGGAGAAAAAUGGGAAAGCAUUCAGUAUUUUGGAUAGGAUGCAUAUCCUUUCCUUGAACACUACCUGGCUUUUUUUCAAUUGGAUCAAAUUGUGAAAGCUUCUUCCUCACACAUUUAUUAGGAGGUCAAGAAUGUGCUGGAGCGUGCUUGGACCCUUCCAUAAUCUAAUUAACUUACUCUUGCAUAGUUAUAUUUAUCUACAGGUAGUGAAGCUUGUAGAAGCAAAAGUAUAUGUUGUUGUGCAUAUUUACAGAUGGAGUAAUUUAAGGGAGAGUGAGACAAGCUGAAAGAGUUAAGAAUAAAAUUUCCUUUGGGCCAUGCACUCUCAAAACUAAAAUUGUGAAGCCAUCUACACUGAUUAUUUCUGGGUAUUUCUGAUACACAGAACAGGUUGGAAAUGGGGUAAACAAGACAUGUGUAUCAUACAGGCUUUGUGGUGUGGAACUGUAACAUUCCCUCUGGUUAAAAAUACUCACAUAAAACACUGUUCCUGAGCUGUGUGUUAAUAAAUGUUUGUCUAAACCUAGCAUGUUUAAAGUAAAGCCUGAAUAGUUUGACUUACACUGAUUUUACCAUCCAAUAACCAUUUUUUUAAUUAAAGCAUGCAUUCAGUAUCAGCUAUAAAUGCCUACUGAACAACUGUGUUUGAGUAGAAUAGUGCAGUUCUUACUUUUACGUUUCAAUGUCAGUGGUCAGCAAGCCAAGGAGUCACCAGCAGAUCUAUAAAAAUAGAUAGUAGCAGGUGGAGACAGUUGACCUUGCUUUCUGUGCUGGGGAAGUCUCAGAUAUUCUAGAUGAUCCUCACUUAUUUUCUUUAGAUUUUAUUCUAAUCAUCUCUAAUAUUUACACUACAAAUCCAAGAAGUACAGAUUUAAAGUCCCCCUCCAAAUAAAAUAAAAUAAAAUAAAAUUGCAUGAAAAUGCAAGAAAAACUGUUACUUUGCUCUUAAGUGUUGCCAUUUCAUGCACUUAGCAUGUAGUAUGGCUUGUUGCCUUUGAUUACAUUUAACUGAUUUCUAAAUUUUAUCUCACUUUACACAUCUUCCCACACCUAUGUUUGCAUUACAGAACAGGAAGAGUGAAGUUAUUUGGGUAUUUUAAUCACGUUUAGAAAAGGAAGACUGUUUUAACCAUUACUCUUGAACUUUGAGGAUCUUUUUCGGUCUUGUGAUCUUUGAUUUUGCAUAAUGACAACAGCUAUGUCAUUUAUUUUACCUGUAAUUUAUUGAUUACAUUUUUCUUUUUACCUGUGAAUUACCUUGUCCAAAUAUUCAGAAUUAUGUAUGUGAACUCACUUUUUCCUGUUUGGUUAAUAUCUUACUGUCCCAUUCCCUUCUCCUUCCUCUUCUAGUGCUGUCCUGCAUAUUCACACACAGACAAACAAGAGUUUACAUUUCAUUUGAUUGUGCUUUCCUCACUUUGGCCCCCUUUUCUCCCUUUGAUAAAUCUGGUAUAAUAUGUACUUUAUUUUUAAACCUGGAUAUUUAGUACUAGUUAUCUUUGCUACCGCUGUUUUUCAAAGGAUAUUUCUGCUUCAACAGAGGGUAUCUGCUUAUGUUUCUGUUCAUGUUUUAUUUCUGUGCCCUCUUUCAAAGUGUUUGAAGAUACUGUUGCUGAAUGCUGUAUUUCUCACUUUUAAACUCUUGAAAAGUUACCCCUGCAUCUCAAUGAGUGUUGACCUAGAACGUGUGCUUUUGAAGAUGGGGCAUAUUUCUUUAGAGUGCACAAAUAAUACUAUUGUUUAAAACUGGUAUUGGUUGUCUGCAGGGGAAACAAAAAGUGUUCCCUUUUGCAGCUGGAGCACUAGCAAGUGGCACAGCUAGACUCUUCCCUGGAGGUGUGGGAUGGCUGCUGACUCAAGGUCACCUUGAUGCAGUUGUUUCUGCUAUGGAAUACAGUGCUGCUUCUAUUUAAUAAAGCAUGUACAAAAACCCAGAA